AAAGUUAGUGUAGACCAAAAGAAGACGACGAUACUUGGGGAGAUGUUGGCCAGAGCUCCACCACCGUAUUUUAACUUUCCGGCGAGGAGUAAUAUCUGUAAUCGGAGGGAGAUUGUGCGUCUAUUUCGUAACGGCGGAAGCGGAGGAGUAGUAGCGAGAGCCGGUUUCGUUCGGCGGCCACUGGAAACUUCGAGUUCGUACGACGAUUCCACCGAUGACGGAUUCAUUAUCAUCAGUUCGGCGGAUAAGGAGAAUGAAUUCUCUCCUCCGCCUACUCCCGAUUUACUCUCUUCGAUUCCGUCAGAAUCUACGAGAAGAAAUGGUUCGCGGUCGAGAGGAGUAACUGCGAGUUUUGGAAGGCUAAAGGCACAGAAAGUGAAAGCUCUUGUUGGGAAGGUAACGCAGAAGAAGCAGCAUAUGAGUCACAAUGAGGAAGAAGACGAGGAUGACGCCUCUGAUGCAGAGGAUUAUUCUGCGGAUGAAGGGUUUGGUUCAUCAUCAAUUCUGGAUUUGAUGAGGAAGAAGCUGGCUAUGAAGGCUAUUCCUAGAUCAGGAACAUCAUCUAUAGAGAGAAAGGAGGUGAAAAGAGUUGGCAAAGUGCGGGAAUCUAGAGAGUCAAGAAGAGAUUUAGAUAGAUUGGAAGGAGAUGAUGAAGAUGUUGAUGAGGUUUCAAAUCCUGACAGGUUUACUGAUAAUGAGAGAGCAGGGUCGCGGAGUUCAUAUUCAAAAGGUUAUGCUGCUAACUCCAGGGGUAAGGGCGAUAGGCUUUCGGUUGCAAGAGAUUUAGAUUCAUUUGAAGAACAUGAUAGAGCUAUUGAUGAGGUUUCAAACCCUCGAAAGUUUAAUGAUAACGAGAGAGCAGGAUCGCGGAGUUCAUAUUCAAGAGACUCUUCCGCUAACUCCAGGGGUAGAGAAGAUAGGCGUUUUGUUGCCAAGGAGUUAAAUACAUUUCAGGGACGUGAUAAAGCUUAUGAUGAGGUUUAUAAUCCUCGAAGAUUCACUGAUAAUGAGAGAGGAGGAUCACAUUCAUCAUAUUCAAAAGGCUCUGAUACUAACUCCAAGGGUUGGGGCGAUAGGCGUUCUGUUGUAUAUGCAAGAGAUAUGGAUGAUUGGAGAGAGAAUAGGAAUAAAACCAAUGCUACUAGAGAGACUGGCUUUUUUAGCCGGAAAACUUUUGCAGAAAUUGGAUGUAGUGAAGAUAUGAUGAAGGCCUUAAAGGAACAGAAUUUUGACCGCCCGGCACAUAUUCAGGCUAUGGCUUUUUCACCAGUUAUUGAUGGAAAGAGUUGUAUCAUAGCUGACCAAAGUGGAUCAGGCAAGACACUGGCAUAUCUUGUCCCUGCUAUUCAGCGUCUCAGAGAAGAAGAACUUAAAGGACAGAGCAAAUCGUCUUCUGGGUGUCCUCGUGUUAUUGUUCUGGUACCGACUGCAGAGUUGGCUUCCCAGGUUCUUGCUAACUGUAGAUCAAUAUCAAAGUCUGGGGUCCCGUUCCGUUCCAUGGUAGUGACGGGUGGCUUCAGACAACGAACCCAGCUAGAAAAUUUAGAGCAAGGUGUUGACGUUUUGAUUGCAACACCUGGGCGUUUCAUGUACCUAAUGAACGAAGGAAUAUUGGGGUUGUCAAAUUUAAGAUGUGCCAUCUUGGAUGAGGUGGAUAUACUCUUUGGCGACGAUGAAUUUGAGGCAGCGCUGCAAAGUUUGAUAAACUCUUCUCCUGUUACUGCACAGUAUCUAUUUGUUACAGCAACCUUGCCACUUGAGAUAUACAACAAACUUGUUGAAGUAUUCCCUGAUUGUGAAGUUGUAAUGGGACCUCGAGUGCACCGUGUUAGUAAUGCUCUCGAAGAGUUUCUUGUCGACUGUAGUGGAGAUGAUAAUGCAGAGAAAACUCCUGAGACUGCUUUUCAGAACAAGAAAACUGCUCUCCUUCAGAUUAUGGAGGAAAACCCUGUUUCCAAAACUAUUAUCUUCUGCAAUAAGAUUGAGACAUGUAGGAAAGUUGAGAAUAUAUUUAAGCGGGUUGAUAGAAAGGAAAGACAGUUGCACGUCUUACCUUUUCAUGCUGCACUCUCACAAGAAUCAAGGCUUACAAACAUGCAAGAAUUCACAUCAUCGCAGCCCGAAGAAAAUUCACUGUUUCUGGUUUGCACGGAUAGAGCCUCCCGUGGGAUAGAUUUCUCUGGUGUUGAUCAUGUUGUGCUCUUUGACUUCCCACGUGACCCGAGUGAAUACGUGAGACGUGUUGGAAGAACAGCAAGAGGGGCUAGAGGAGAAGGAAAAGCUUUCAUCUUUGUGGUGGGGAAGCAAGUAGGGUUGGCACGGAGGAUAAUUGAGCGAAAUCAGAAAGGUCACCCAGUUCAUGAUGUCCCAAACGCUUACGAGUUCACAACCUAAGUAACUCUUAUCACCUUCUCCUUCUCCUUACUGCAAUCUGUGUGUUGAAAGUUUCACUCUGUUAGAAGGUAAACAUACGUAGAGAAGCCAAGUCCAAAUUUUGCCCCUUAAUCGAUCUGUUGUAAUGUUGUUAAUGCUACUUUACCUCCAAGCUCAUGGAGUUUGCACUGAAUUGAUGCCCCAAAUCAAGAUCAUAUCCAAUU